UCAUUAUUAUUAUUAUUAUUAUUUUUAUUAUUAUUAUUAUUAUUAUUAUUAUUGUUAUCAUUAUUACUAUCAUUAUUACUAUUAUUAUUUACCACUAUCAUAAUUAUCAUUAUUUACGAUUGUUACCAUUUUCAGAAAAAGAUUCAAAUGUGCUUUAUGGUACGAGGGAACCAUCGGAUGAUCGAGACCAUCUCCGCUGGAACAAUUAUCGUUAAUAUUUAA